AUGGUGUUCUAUGCUGGAUUGAAGAAGGCAGGGAAGGGACCAAGUAAGGAACAUCCAUGUGCUCGAUGUGGAUUGGUUGAUCAUUGGGUAGUAGACUGCUCAGUUCCUGCAUCCUCGAAUGAGCGAGCAAUCACCUCGUUUGAAUGCAACAAUAUCGAACCUCUCCUCCUCACCACCAACAUCAACUCGAUCUCGCUGGCCGCUCAUUCGAGUCAAUGGAUUCUUGACUCUGGGGCAAGUGAACACAUGAUUGGGGAUAUCAACUGGAUGAAAGAUCUCAAAUUGACCGAGUCGAUCGCUUGA